AUGAAGGAGCGUUCCUGGGGGAAAUUUUGGAACUUCUGGGAGCUAAGAGCCAUGGUGGUGCUCACACUGGCGGUCCAAAUCUUACUCAUCCUCUUCGGCCACAAGAGGAAGUCCAGCCACAAUCUCAUGCUCAGGAUUGUCGUCUGGUCCUCGUACUUGACCUCGGACUCAUUCACCACGGUAGCCCUCGGCGUCCUCUCCAACAAGCUCGCACAAGUGAGGGAGAAAACUGGCGGUCACCUCGACAGCAAUGACCAGUUGCUCGCAUUCUGGUCCCCCCUGCUUCUGCUUCUCUUGGGUGGCCCUGAUACAAUCACUUCCUAUUCUCUGGAGGACAAUGCACUCUGGCUCAGGCAUUGCCUCAGCCUAGCGGUUCAAACAUCAGCCACGGCAUAUAUCAUUUUCAUUGCAUGGACAAAUACUUGUCUCUCAUAUCUCUCGUCGGUGAUGGCAUUGGUCGGGUUCAUCAAGUACGGGGAGAGAGUGUGUGCUCUUUGGAUGGCGAGCCAUGACAAGCUCAAGCGGUCGAUGCUCCCCCCGCCUGAUCCAAGCCCAAAUUACCCCCGCUUCAUGGAGGAGUACACUUUGAAGCAGGACGAAGGUUAUUAUGUUGUGGCGGACAAGGUGAUUGAGGACCAAGUGCCAGAGGGUGUUUGUAGUAGUGGUGACGAUCCAUCCUCCGUGAUCGAUUCUGAGGACAUUGAGAAAGCCUAUGGCCUGCUUCAGAUGUUCAAGUGCCUCUUUGUUGAGUUGAUACUCAGCCAUGAUGAGAAGAAUACUAGCAAGUCCAUAUUCAAGGUGAUAGAUCGUGAAAAAGCUUUUAGGAUUGUUGAAAUCGAGCUCGGGUUCAUCUACGAUAUGCUCCACACAAAGGCGAUGGUGCUUUACACCAAGCGGGGACUCAGCCUCCGCUCGUUCACAUUCUCGUCCACUCUAUUGGUGCUGGUGCUCUUCUCUUUGGUGGAGAAGUCACCCCCGUGGUCCGAUCUUUUCAUCACUUACUUGUUGCUGGCUGUCAUUGUUUUCUGCGAGACCUAUUCAAUUUUGAUGCUGGUUUCCUCAGAUUGGAGCGACGUUUGGUUGUGCAAGCGCAACAAGAGCAGUGCCUUGAGACGUGCUGUGAACUUCGUAAGAUUGCCUAGACAACCUAGGUGGUCACAUUCAAUUGCCCAAUUCAGCUUUCUCAGCUUUUGCACUACAGAGAGGCCUUUGGUUUGCCACAAUAUGCUUGAGUUCUUGAAGAUCAAUCAGGAUCUAGAAAAGUAUCACUACACCCUCCAUGAAGACAUGUCCGGCGAGAUUCGGCAAUGGAUCUUCCAUCAUGUCAAGGAAGAACUUGCCAACGUGGAGGAGAAACACGACCCAGUUCCCAUGAAUAUUGACAAUUCUCUUGCUCAGCUAGUCGAUAAUUAUCAUGUCCCUAAAGCUGAGUGGGCCACUAAGGGGGAUUUUGACCAGGUUGUCUUAAUUUGGCACAUCGGCACCGAACUAUUGUACUACUCGGAUCAAGAGAGAGAAUCCGUUCUCCAUGAUAUUUGGGUGAGCAAGCUUCUCUCCAGGUACAUGUUUUAUCUUCUGGUCGUGUACCCAUUCAUGCUACCCAGUGGAAUCGGAGAAAUAAGGCUCCGCGACACUUUUGCCGAGGCCUUUAAAUUCUUCAAGGAUCACCGAAUACCCAACUCCAAAUCAAAUAGAGAGCCCUAUCAGUGGAUUAAAAAUCUAGUGAUCAGUAGAGGGAAGAGAAAUGAAAUGAACCCGUAUCUUCAGGAAGCUUCCAAAAUGCUGCUACGGGUGAGAACUGAGGUUCAUCCGAAUCAAGUGAAGGGCGGAAAGAGCAAGUCCGUGUUGUUCGACGGAUGCAGGAUCGUGGCGGCGUUCAAAGAGACGGAAGUACGAAAGAAAUGGGAAACGAUCGCGAAGUUCUGGACGAAGAUAUUGAUGUACGCCGCGAGCCAAUGCAGAGGGGAUGGUCAUGCCAGGCAGCUGAGGCGAGGGGGUGAGCUUUUGACUCAUGUCUGGCUCAUGAUGGCUCACUUUGGCCUGACUGAUCAUUUCAAGAUGACCCAAGGCCAGGCCAUUGCUCAGCUCAUUUUGAGAUAG